GCUACGUGCGCGGUGGUGGUGGCAGUCGUUCGCCGACCGUGACGUGGAACGUCUGUGUGUGCGCGCGUUGCGGAUGCCUGGUGAAUGCACGGUGCAUGCAGGUGACUAGUGAGCAGCAGUUGCAGUUUGCAGAGCAGACGGACGGUGGUAUCCGCGUGGUAAGGGAUAAGAGAACAAGUGUCCGCGUGAGCGACACGGAGCAAAGCGAAAGAUGGCGGCAGCGCAUCGGAAAGUGCUAAGGUGGUGAUGCGCGAGUAUCUUCAUCGUCGUCGUCGUCGUUGACCUCGUACCUCGUCACCGUCGUCGUCCUGAUCGCGAUUACCUCCGAUCGUCUCGCUCGUUGAGCGGAGCUCGGCCAAAUGAUAUGGGAAUUUGCAGCAGAAGGCACUUUCUAUUGACGAUAUGCAGCCUGCAACUGAUUACCACCAUAGAACGUCAAGUCUUCGACUUUCUGGGGUUUAUGUGGGCCCCGAUACUGGUCAACUUCUUCAACAUUAUAUUUGUAAUUCUAGGAUUUUUUGGGGCCUUUCAAUAUAGACCUAAAUAUAUUAUAUCGUAUUGUAUAUGGAAUGCAUUAUGGCUAGGAUGGAAUGUAUUUAUAAUAUGCUUCUACCUCAGUGUAGGGAUAUUGGACAAAAAUAGCGACAUUCUCAACCUAGGCACUGGGAGUUUCUCUUGGUGGCAUGUAAAUGGGCCAGGAUGCAAAGCUGUUUACGAUGUUACAGAACCAGAGCUCUUUAGACCUGCACGUCCCACUAAUGUAACAGAUUGCGUGCUGGACUAUGAAGUGAUAGAAAUUUUACAUGCUGCAACACAAUGUAUUUUAGGUUUUAUGGCGAUUGUUGGUGGAAUCUGUCUCAGUAAAGUGUUCCUUGAAGAAGAUGAUAGCUUUGACUUUGUCGGAGGCGAUGACUUUGGGCUGGCAGGCCACACGCCGUUGCAUCCUAUGUACGUUAGCUACUCGGCUCUUCCACCACCCGCAUAUUCCCACAAAAAUUCCGCACAAAAUCAUUACUCGACCGGCACAACUAGCUCUCAACACUCCGCCUAUCGCGAAUCGAGCUUCCCGAAACACGGCGGCGAGAAGCUGCUGGGUUCCUCCGCGCGCGGCAAAAGCAGCUUCGUCAGGAACGACACGGUUCGCAGCAACAGCAGUCGCUCGUCAAGUCGCGAUUUUCAGAACCCGGAUUUCUCGGUAGAUUAUUCGAAUCCGUUGGACCACCUGCAGCGGCCCGUGUCCCCCGUGUACGACGAGUACGACGAGACCCUGGACAGCGCCGCUAAGCUGCGAUAUCAGAAAAAUAAGCUCUACUAUCCUCAGUCCGUCAAGUACAGUCCGGUCGCGCGUAUCAGGUCGUCUCGUCCGAUCGCGACGAAGCAAGCCAGAAAUCCGGUCGUCAAAUCACGACGGGUCUUCAUCGAUCACGUGCGCGAUCAACCUCUGAGAUCCUUUUACUCCGAUCCGAGAUUGGCCGUUGAUCAGGAUCGAGCGUCGAGCGAGCUCGACAAAUCGUCGUCUCGGUCGAAACGAGACAGCAGACCCGUGUCUCUGUACGCGAUACGAACUAAGCGGAAGAAGAAGCAACCGCGGCCGCUGUACAGCAUCGAAUACUCGCAGCCGGAGCCGCCGGAGCCCCAGGACGACAGCAGCGUGUCGCCGAAGCCGAUGACACCUCGUCGGGUGAAGCGACGUUCCGUGAUUUCGCGGGACGGCACUCGACGUUCCGGCACGCGACGCAGCUCGGUACGUCAGUCACGUCGCAAGAACCCGGUGAACCGCAUCAUGGACCACCAGGAGAACCUGUACGCCAAUACCGGCAUCGGCAUCGGCACCCUGACGAAUCAGAACGUGAGCACGCUGUCGCAGGGUGAUCGUCCGCUCAACUACGACCGGAUCACCAUCGGCGGCUGGGACCGGGAACGGAACAACCCCGUUGACCGGAACUGGCAGCCGGAAGCGGUCAACAUGGCGGUGUCGUCGCCGAAUCUGUGGCCACCGCCGCCGCCACCGUCGAACCAGGACUCCUCCAUCAACUUCUCGAACGCGUCGUCCGGUUUCCCGCCUGGCCAGAGUCCACCAGCCAGUGCUUGGGACCAGCAGCAGGCGACCACCAGCUCCACUCGGAACCUCACCGACAAUUGGCAGACCACUUCCGGUGAACUCAGUGCCAUGCAGUGGCAAGGACAGAGUAAUCCCACGUUCCAGCAGACCAGCACGCAGAGUCUGAACGGCGAGGAUAUGGAGGACCUCUACAGCAAUCGGCCAGCCAGUGCUAGGUCCAGCUACAGUAACUACCACGGUGUCAGGGCGACGCCGCAAGUGCCGAAUCGCACCGACAUUGUCAGGCAGAGUCAGCGACAGUUCGUCCUCAGCGGACCACCUGCUUAUCAGGACACGGUAAUCUGAUGAUGUAGUUAUGAUAUAGCAUAGCAAUCUAUGGCUCUUAUUGGAGACCAAAUGAUAGGUUGGGCCUUAUAGAACCAUUUGCUAUUUAACCAAUUUUAUUUAAUCGGUAAGUAAUGUCGUAGAUCUUAGAGAUAAAAUGAGUGAUAAUGUCACCUCAGAUAGGGACAUCUUAAUGAGAAAAAGUACUAUUUUUGAUAGUGCUAGUCGCGCAUGCGACGAGUUCGAUUCAGCAAAAAAAUAUUAUAAAUAUAAAAUUCAAAGAAGCUGCAAUUUUUAUACAAUGUGCGUUACUUUAAUCUUUUUGUUGGAGUCUUCAGGAUGUAAUAAUUUCAUUCGUAUUAACUAUAUAUUAUUUUGAUAAUCGUAGUUGAUCCGUGAAAAAAUUGCGGACGGUUUUACUUUAUUAUAAAAGAUUAUUAUAAUAAAAAUGGGCAAACAUUGUAAUUUUGCCUGUUUCAGAGCUUUACUUGAUGCAGGAUCGAUGCGACAGAUCUCUACUAACGUUGCAUCGCGUUACACUGCAAAAAAUGACGUCUACAAGAGACGUCAACUUUAUUUAAGUCUUGACGAGCCACAAUUUGCGCUCUUUCUUUCUUUCUUUCUGUCUCUUUCUUUCUCUCUCAUUUAAAUUAUUUUGCAAUAUUAUAUUUAAUUAUGUCGACCAUAAAUUCUAUGUGACAUGAUGAAACCAUUUUCAAAACGACGUAAUUGUUAAAAAGAGUUGUUGAUUCGAUGUUUACAGAAAUUCUGCAACAUAAAUUAAAUAUUUAUGCCAUUUGAUAAAAUAUAUGAUUCGCAUGAAGGAUGUCCCUUCACUUUUAGGAUAAAUUUACCUGACUGACGUAUAUGUGAAAUUAAUGUAAUUAAGAUCUGAAUAUCUCACGCACAGAUCACACAGAGUUCUAAUAGCCUUAAAAUUUUACGCGUCUUUUUCAUAUUCUUUUUCAUUGUUCAACUUUCAUAAAAACUCUUUCCAUUCUCAUCCUAUUUAUAUUAUAGAAUUAAUGAUUUUCUUAUUUUAUCGUGUAAAAUCAAAAAAAUCAUCGCACAUACAUCUGUACAUAUAGAUUUAUAAUCAUUCAUCAAAACAUAUUUUCGACAACAUAACAACAUAGAAGACAAUCAAUUUCAUUUAUCAUUUUUUCUAAGUAAGUAUCAUCAGCGGUUUAUGCUAUUUUUGGCUUGAUAUUAGACAAUGCCUACUUUUUUUAGAGUUACGAUAUUUAUUAAUCGCAAUUUUUUAAAAUUUCUAUACAAUUUACAUAUAUACAA